AUGGCACACCUCUCCACGAACGCAAAGGUCCAUACCGAGACCAGCCCUCAUAGCGCCAACAGCAAGCCCAGCAGCUGGCAUGGCGCCGGGGCGGCCGAGUUUGAUAUGCGCAGCGAUACAAUGACCAAGCCUACACCGUCCAUGCUGGAUGCCAUCUGCCAGACUACCUUACUCGACGACGUCUUUAAUGAAGACCCCGUGACAAACUCGCUGCACAGCUAUGUGGCCGAGCGGACCAAGCAUGAGGCGGCGUUGUUGGUUCUGUCCGGGACAAUGGGAAACCAGGUGUCUGUUCGCUCGCACCUCGCUCAGCCUCCGUAUGCCGUCCUGUGUGAUCAUCGAUCUCACAUUAUCUGCUAUGAGGCCGGGGGUGUCAGCUCCUGGACUGGAGCUACAGUACAGACUGUCAUCCCCAAAAAUGGAAUUCACCUGACCUUGGAGGACAUCAAGAAACACGCGAUCCUCGACGAUAACAUUCACCACUGUCCGACCAAAUUGAUCAGUCUGGAGAAUACCCUUGACGGCAUGAUCAUGCCUUUGAGUGAAGCUCGGCGUAUUACAGAAUGGGCCCAUGCUAACGAUAUCAAGGUGCACCUGGAUGGUGCCAGAUUGUGGGAGGCAGUUGUGGCCGGCGCCGGCAGCUUGGAUGACUUUACCAGCCUCUUUGAUAGUGUUAGCCUCUGCUUCUCCAAGGGUCUGGGUGCUCCUAUCGGAAGUAUGAUUGUUGGCUCCCAUGAAUUCAUCAAAAAAGCCCGUUGGUUCCGCAAGUCUAUUGGCGGAGGGGCUCGCCAAACUGGUGUGAUCGCUGCCGCUGCUCGGGUAGCGCUCGAGGAGACUUUUGGAUCCGACCCGAACGGGAGCACUGGCAAGCUUCUGCCUGCUCACUCCAAAGCCAAGCGAGUCGCCGAUCUUUGGACCAGCCGUGGCGGCAAGCUGCAGUCCCCCCUGCACACCAACAUGGUUUGGUUGGAUCUGGAGGCGUCUGGGCUGGGAUGGAAUGACCUGGCUGAGAUUGGACAAGAGAAGGGGCUGAGGUUACUUGGCAACCGAGUCGUUGUCCACUAUCAGGUAUCGGACGAGGCGAUUGCGCGACUGGAGAAAGUGUUCGACAUUGCGAUGAAUGGCGACUAUAAGCGUAAUGAAGACCAGAGCAAGCCGUAUGGCAGCAAAUAG